AUGGCUUUGUCUCUGGCAAUGGCCUCAAAGUUAGCUUACGAGGAUGUUCCCAUAAUCAUGCACGAAUUGGAAAAGUCCGGUUACGACUUAAAAACCUUCAAACCUAUCGCCUACAAGAACAUUUGUGGAUACAUCGUUGAAAAGAAGCUAGAGGAAUAUGAUGCAAUAGUGGUGGCGUUUAGGGGGUCGAACCCCUUGAAUAUUCAAAAUUGUUUAACCGAUCUUAGAUCUUUGCUCAGACAAAUAGAGUCACCAACAAAGGGGUACAUGGGAUUGAUCCACGAGGGAUUUUACGAAGCCAUGGGUGAGCAUGUAGACGGUAUGGUCCAUGGUUCCAGGUCACGAACCACCAUCGAACUUCAUAAUACUUCACUGGUGAAGACCAUCGAGACAACGAUCAAUGCUCUGAAGACACUCUUAUAUUUCAUGAUUGAAAGCAUGAUCGUCCAUAUUCACGAUCCAAUUGAUCACAGAUAUGUUGGGGAAGAGGAGAGAAAUUUCAGUGCAUACACUCAGGCAUCACAUUGGAUAACGAAAUUAUGCAAUGAAGCCAACGAUGACAGUUCGGUUACGGGGCAGCGUGUGUUAAGGCCAAGAAAGAAAAAGUUGUAG